GUUUACAUCAUGUUUGUACUUGGCCACAGUCGGUGUAUAUCAAGGAGGAAUUUCUCCCUGAGUCGUGAUAUGUCCCCUCUAUUGCUAGACAGGCACUCAAGUUUACCUGUGUCAAUGGACUGUCACUGGUGUAGCCGGAGAGAGUUGAUGGACGUGAAGGUACUUCAUGUGGUGGCAGUGGGUAGCUGUGAGGGCUAGUUUAACGGUGAAUACGGUCAUACCUUUAUGGAGUUUGUGACAAACAGCGGGGAUUACUGUCAGGCUCAACACGAGUAGAGAGCUUGCGGAGUCGCCUGCCCUUGACAACGUUGUCACGGCAACCACGGUGCUGCAGUCACGCUACUCUCAUUUGAUUGGCUAACUGACCUUCGUGUGGGGGCUCCGAAGGCCCUCAUUGCUUGGAGUUUGGAUGGGUUAAGAACGUUUCGUUGACCCACUCCAUUGGACACUGAAAACCCCUGUGUCUUUCAUCGCUUAUGUUUUGUAGCCAGGAGUGAAAAACAAACAACAAAGAAAUAUCACCACAGAGAAAAUAUUUUUGAAGAAAAUAUUUUCUACCAGCUGCUUAAGCAUUUUUGUUCAAGAAUUGCAAUACGACUUUGUACUUGGUGUGAGCAGAAGAUUAAUAUAACACUUCGUUCGGUGUAUGAUUCUCGGUGUAAUCUUGUGUGUGGAUAAAUAGUAUGACAGCAGCCAUGAAAGCCCGCAGACCCGAGCCCGCUGAGAUCGAGUUCAAGAGUAUGCGCUACUUGAUAAUGGAUAGACCAACUGAUUCCACCAUUGAUAAGUUCAUUGAGGAACUGAAGAAGCGUGGGGCAAAGGAUGUGGUGAGAGUGUGUGACCCCACCUAUAACACAGAAAGACUCAAGGAAGAGGGCAUCCGAGUCUUGGACUGGCAAUUCGAUGAUGGCAGCCCCCCGCCAGCUGCAGUCGUGGAAGACUGGUUUAACCUGCUCAAGACACGCUUCCGGGAGGAGCCAGGCUGCUGUGUGGCAGUACACUGCGUGGCAGGUCUCGGCAGAGCACCGGUGUUGGUGGCCCUAGCACUCAUGGAGAGUGGCAUGAAGUAUGAAGAUGCUGUGGAACUCAUUAGACAGAAACGAAAGGGUGCAAUCAAUGCUAAACAGCUGUCUUACUUGGAACAUUACCGUCCAAAGUCACGGCUCAAACAGAAGAACAACCGCAAUGGCCACCAGAACUGCACCAUACUGUGAACAACCGCCUGCAUCUUCUACCUGCGAUGGCCUUGAAUAGAGGCACCAUCUUGGAUGCUAAUCGUUAUUUAUACUGCCAUCUUCGCUCCUCUGAGUUGCAUUUUGUUUUGUUUAGCACAGACUCAGUGAGUUGAGCACUCCAAAAUGUUGAUUUUUAGUUGAUCAGUCAUUGUCUUGUGUUUGUUGAGUACGUCUCCACAUGGACCUACCUACCAUCUUGUGGGGUCUCCUGUCCUGUAUGAUGAGUUGAUGGUUCGUGUGUCUUCCCUUGAUGGAGUCAACUGUGGACUGCUAGCUUGGAAUCAGGGAGCUGUGAUUGUCUCAGUGCUAGCUUGCAGUACCAUCACUUUAGUUUACCUCCAGGUAGAAAAGUCAAGAUGCUCAAGAUCAAAACAUGCGUUCUUCAUUUCUUGUUUCCUGUGCUAUUGGAAAUGAGAACUGUAGUCUUUAUCAUUUGCAUAUGUCAUAGCAGACACAAAAACACCCAUUUUCACAUUAUUAGAGGAUAUCAAAGUUUAUGUCCUUGGAAAGUAGCGUUGCUUUUGUUGCCUUACUGUUGGUUGACGUUACAGUAGACCUUUGGGGAUAUAUCCUGAACAUAGAAACAAAUGGUGCCUGUAUUUUCAAAGAUUAGUGGUAUUUUGAUAGGAUUGUACAUCUGGGAUCCUAUUCUGAGAUAGUAAGUCCUGAUUGCUUCAGUAUUUUUAGUUCAGUGCUAUGAAAGAAAUGGUGGACUUGUGGAAAUGUUAAAAGUUUAUUCUAACACUCAAAUAACCAUGCAAACGGGUCAAAAAUGGCUUUUCCUUUGAUGAAGCUCAUAUUUGUCAAUGUUAUAGCAGGGCUCGAUUUAGCUACAUAUAACAUGCACCAGUGCUACCUAUUAUUGAAAAAUGCAGCCUAAUAUUUACAUAUGCAUCAAGUCUGGCUAACCCUUAUUUGUCCACACAAUGUUGUUCUUUGAACACAAUCAAUACCUCUGAGCUUUAUCAUGACAUUACUAUACUACAUCACUAAUCCCUUUGUUAUCUGUAAUGUUUAAUGCUUUCUUGGGCCUGACAUCAUCAAACUGGGUAAUUCAAGAUUAUGUUCUGUACUGUAGCUUUAUCUCUCACUGAAGUUUACCAACCCGUGAAGAUCUGGGUUAGAACUGGUCUUCAGCAAGCCAUGCUUGUUACAUGACCAAUAGAAUGGGGUGGUCAGGCAUGCUGACAGGGUGCAACCUGAUUUAAUCAGGUGCAACUUGGUUUUUAUGUCUGCAUGCACCUGGUGCAAGUUAAAUCAAUAUCCUUAAAUCGAGCCCUGUAUUGCUGUAGCUAAUUGAAUCUUCUUUACAGCAUGUUUAUUGUAUGUUACCACUCUAGGAAGCUUAUGUCUUUUGUGCAUUUGCCCUAUUCGAUGAGCUGGUGCCAUUGACAACUGGGUGAGCUGUUCCACAGUGCCAGCGAUCUGUGUGCCAACACCUUCAAGUCUAUCAGCAUUGGAUUAUUGACAGUUUGCAGUAUAAACUGACAAAAUUUGCAAAAGUAUUUUCUCACUGGAACUGUGUUUUUAACUCCAGAUAUGCUUAUUUUUUGAGGCAUUUGAUGUUUAUUAUUUGUUUAGGAUUGGGAUCGUAACUUGGGUUAGAGCCCCCUGAAUCCCUACCCAUACCAAACCUCCAAGGCAGUAGUUUUGUUGAUAAGUUUCCAGUCAACUGUUCCAUUAGGUGCCUGUGUUAAACACACAGACAAGUAUGUUGUUGUCCUUCAAGUCAAUCCACCAUUGUUGCAAUCAGCGCCACUUCCCCGAAAUCAAAGUGGACGAUUCCAAUGCAAAAUAAUGCAGAUGUGGAUGAAAUGUGUUUUUGUGUUCAUUAGUGAAAAUGUAAACCCAAACAAUUUCCUUAGCAAACAAUAUACCUUGAUUCUGAAAUUGACAGCUCAUGCUUUGGUAAAGUCAGUUCAUCGUGCGUGCACAGGUAUUUAUGUGAUAAUACGAGGAGAAACCUUCUAUGUGUGUGGGUAUGUUGGUGUUUGUUAUGUAGGAGUAUCAGAAUCACAUCCUGUUGUCUAUAGUUUACAACAAAUAUAAGACUAGGACCCUUUGACUGUUUCAAAAUGCCUGAAUACCCUUGUAACGUAUAAUUGUCCAAUGUUUGCGCAAUGUUUGACUAAGCAACUCUAACUCGCUGGUGUGUAUAUUCACAGAUGUGGAAUUGUAUUUGGACACUUCAUGAUUUGUAUAUUUCAGUGUCUCAAUGGAAUUGCACAAUCAUGAUUUUAGAGACAAUUGUAGAUAUGUGACAUUUUGGUGUUGAGAAACAAUGUGGGAUAGGGUCAGGUAAUGGUGACUCCAUUCUUUGUUGAAAAUGGAAUUUACAGUUGAAAAUUACAAUAUAUGUUUCAAGCAGCAUUCAUAGCUGUUUCAUGUAAGCCCAGUCUGUGGUAAAAGCAGUGUAAAAUAUUGAUACAGCCUAUGAUUCAUUAUUUUGACAAAUGACUUCCACAACACCAUGUGCAAUUUAAUGGACAGUUUAUUUGAAUUAAAUAUUGAAAUUGUAAUUACAGACCUCAGUAAUGAGGUAUUGUUGUACAAUUUUGCUGUAGCUCAAGGAAAAAUGUUUCCUGUAUUGUUUUGUAUUUUUUUAAGAUAAAGGUUAAUUCUUGUCAAAUUUUGAAUUUGAAAAUGAAAUGUCUUCAGGAAAAGGGGGAAAAUUGUUGCCAGGCAUUUCUUCAAGUCUUGCUUAUCAGAAAACCGAUAUCACCCAACAACUAUAUGCCUGAUGUGAUGAGGCUGGGUGUGCCUUUGUUCUGAUCUUGAAUGGAUUCACGUUUACUGAUUCAGUGCCCAUUGUAACUCAAGUUUCCAGGUCUGUGCCACGUUCAUCUGCCUUUGAUUGUUGGCAGUUGUUUUAGCCUGUGGGGAUAUUGAAGAUGUAUACACUUUUAGACAAUAUAUGAUAUUUAAUUUGAAUGUCACUACUACAAUGCCCCAAGUACAUUAUUGUAAAGUGGACAUUGUGAGAAAUUUGCUUCCAUUAAAACAUGGUCAGCUCUAUGUAUGGGGCACCAACAUUAUGAAUAAAAAUGGAAAAGAUC